GCAUCAUUCUCGCUCCCACAAUGCUUUGCGGCUACAGUCAUGACAGUGCAAGCUUCAAAAUAAAGAGUAGCCGGUUAAAGCAGAGCAGAUUUAACAAUCUUAUCAUCAUAAAGUGACCCUAAGAAAUAUUAAUGAGGAUUUUAUACCGCAUCAAGUAUGUACCAUCGCAUGGAUGAUGUCAUGAAGCUGUGUUGUGAGUUAUCAGCCAAUCAGCAGAUCCAGACCACGGUGAAAGGUUCGGGGAAGGGGGCAGCGGCAGCGGGGGGGCUGGCCUUUGCUGGAGGGCUGGUCGGGGGUCCUCUGGGUAUCGCAGUCGGCGGCGCUGUCGGAGGUCUGCUGGGCUGCUGGCUGACCAGCGGACAGUUCAAACCGCUGCCUCAGAUCAUCAUGGAGCUCAGCCCUGAGCAGCAGCAGAAGCUCUACAGCGAUCUCAUGGUCAUCCUGGGAGACAUUCAGUGGACAGAUGUGGCUCAGCUCACAGCUCUGGUGAUGGGAAACGCCACCCUGAAGCAGCAGCUCACAGGCGCCCUGCUCGCGUACAUCACCAAGGAGCUGCAGGCGAACGUGCACUAUGUGGAUUGAUGAGCUGCCUUAAGGAGGGUGUGCACUGUUUCAUGGAGCUGAAGAGACUCUUUAUCAAAUGUGAAAACACAGGUUGUAAAUCUGCACAGGCACUCACUGCUCCCUGUAAACUACUUCCUCACGGUCCUGAAUGAUUACAGCUUUAAAUCUGGAUUUAUUUAUUUAUUGUGGUAAGUGCAAUUAUGAGUUAAAGAUUAUUUAUUACAUGUGUAUCUGCAUUGAUUAUCAUGUGUGGCUUUAAUGGGAUUCUGACAAUGAAGUAGUUUUCAGAUGUAAAGGGAUCAUGCACUAAAGGAGAACCAGCUGUACAGAGCAAAAUCAGACGUGUAUCAAUAUGAUGAGUAGAAAUAUACCAGCAUCUGUGACGUGUGAUGCUAACAUUGAGAAUCAGAUUCUUUAGUUCUGUGACUGAUUUCAUUAAUAAAGAUGUGUUUGUAUUUCACUUUA